AUGAUAUUGGAGAAAACAAUGCAGAGAUCAAGGAAAGAUUGGUCACGAAAGUUAGAUGAUGCACUGUGGGCGUACAGAACAGCGUUUAAAACACCUAUCGGUAUGUCACCGUAUAGGUUGGUGUACGGAAAGGCUUAUCAUUUGUCGGUGGAAUUAGAGCAUAAGGCCUAUUGGGCUAUGAAGACCCUAAACAUGGAGUUAGCAGCUGCAGGAAAGAAAAGAUUGCUGCAAUUGAAUGAGUUGGAAGAAUUUAGAAAUGAGGCCUAUGAAAAUGCAAUGAUCUACAAGGAAAGAACAAAAAAAUGA